CCUGAGUUCAGUAUGGUACCGUUAUGGAGCGCUAUCCUAAGCAUUAUCUACAUCAAUAAAAUACCUCUUUUCCUUUUCUUUUUCUUCCGCUCUUAUGGUAGCCGUGGCAAAAAGAAACCGCCGCUAGUUUGGGUAUUACGUACAGAGCAAACUUUUGUGCCAAGAAAGAUAGCCAAUGCAAAUGGGGUGUCAAUAUCACGCGUCUUAUUCAGCGUGCUUUAUGUUCUAUACGCACAAAAGGAAAAAGGAAAAAGAAAAAAGAAAAAAACCGUACACGCGCCCUUUGUGCCCAUUGUGGCUCGUGUCACCGUACUUGUGGUGCCAGCACUGACCCAAGACAAAAAUUAGCCACAACCCACCGCUCACACAAAACACAAACAGCGGACGCCAUUGCGCUGCCAGAGCAAGAAAGUGGAGAGAAUAUUAUAGAGGUGGCGGAUUCAGGGUUUUAUUUAGCUAUCCGAUCUUGUAAGAAACUAUAAAGAAAAGUGGAAUGAGGAUAAGAAAAGUGUGGAGCAAUACUAAAGCUCACUGCGAUAAUCAUUCACUAGCAGCACCGACUGAUGUUUCAUCAGCGGCUCAAUCACCUCCUCCAUGGCUUCAGAUCUUGCAACACUCGCCACCCAUCAUGAUCAGCAGAGUCAAUGUUUCUGUUUGCUCUAACCAGAACACAGUUAUCGCCAGCUCAGAAGAAGGGACUGGGAGUAGCACGGAAGAAAAGAGUCUGCAUGGCGACAAAUGCAGUAGCUCUAUCAGUACGAAAACAUCAGCUGCGAGCUCCGCUUCCUCUUCCUUAUCUCGCCAUGGACGGUGGUGCGAGGAAGAGAAAGCGUUUCCUGUAAAGAAAAGAAGACUAAGCCUGGAAAGAUUCAUAACCCAAGAAUCCGAACACAAAAACAAGAAGGCCAAGACAAAGGCUAUAUUCAGAAGGAGCGCAAGCAAGAUCAAGCAUGAAAAAGAGAGAGAAUAUAAAUAUAAUGAGGUUGAUGAUGAAAUGAAAAUGGGUUCUUUGAGGUGUAGCGGGAGAAAUGGGUUGGGAUGGAGAUGCAAAAGAAAUCAGAAAGUUAAAGGGUCUGGCUGGUGUGACGACCCAAUCAGAGGCGGAAAACAUCCAUCUGCAUCACCAAAUGCAUUCAUUGGGGAAUCUGACGAGUGUUAUGGUAGAAAAGGUUGUGGAGUUGGUAAGAAGAAAACAAGGAUAAGGAGGAUAAGCAGUAUACUCAGCCGAACAAUGCCUUUGCUUGCUAAUGCUAAUGGAAAUAUACAAAUAUAGUUAAAUAGACUGAUUUUCAGCUAGGGACUACUACUACUACUAGUACUGACAUUCUGGGGGUAUAACACUUGAAGAAAAGAAGAGAAGGUUUCUACUUUCUGGCUUUGCUUUUUGUUUCCUUUUUCAGUUCUGAAAUGAAGCUUGGCUUGGCAUGUAUAUAUUUGGUUGGUUACCUAGCAAACGUCAAACUCAGAAAUGUCUAUAAAAUGUACAUACCACCUUUUCUGGUUUUCUUUGAUGGCAAGGCUCCAGGCUUUUUCUUUUUGUU